UCUCAUCUCUCUCUCCACCAUCCACUUCCUUCAGCCAUCUUGUACUUUCUGUAUCUGUAUAUAAAAGCAAACCUACAUAGCCUUCUACUGUUCCCACUCUCUCCUCAAACACAAACCUUUUUCCAUUCCAUGGCAGACCCUUACUCCAACUUCUUUUCACCACCUUUCUUCCACUACCCUUCUCCAAACCCUUCCCCCCACCACCACCACCAUCCAUAUGCUCACAACGCCAUCAACCAAACCACCACCACCACCGCCACCGCCACCAACACCACCUUUUUCCACUUCCAACACCACCACCACCACCACCACUUUCAAACCACCACCACUUGUUCUUCUUCUUCUUCACCCCCUUCCCCUCCCUUGAGAGAGGCCCUUCCUCUUCUCAGUCUCAGCCCAAAGAAUGAUGAGGAACAGGAGGAGGAGGAGUACCAGGAUCAGGAUCAGGAUCAGCUUUGCACUGCCAUGGAUGUGGAAGACAACUUUAACAGGACCCUCCAUAACCCCAAAGAAGAGGACCAAGAAGAGGAUGCUGAUGACAGUGUCACUGUUGCACUGCACAUAGGGUUGCCAUGCCCUAGUGCUGCUGAGAUAGCUUCUGUGCUCUCUUCAGCUUGUGCCUCAGACAAAGACCAACAACAAGGAGGAGGAGGAGAUUGUGAUAAUAAUGGGAUUCAUGAUGAUUCUUCUUCAGGGUUCUUGUCCAACAGACUCAACAAGGGACAGUACUGGAUCCCUACCCCUUCUCAGAUUCUCAUUGGUCCUACACAGUUCUCUUGUCCUGUUUGUUGCAAAACCUUCAACAGAUACAACAACAUGCAGAUGCAUAUGUGGGGGCAUGGAUCGCAGUACAGAAAAGGGCCUGAAUCUCUGAGGGGUACCCAACCAACAGGUAUGCUUAGGCUUCCAUGCUAUUGUUGUUCCCCAGGAUGCCGGAACAACAUUGAUCACCCAAGAGCAAAGCCCCUUAAAGAUUUCAGAACUCUUCAAACACACUACAAGAGGAAGCAUGGGAUUAAGCCCUUCAUGUGUAGAAAAUGUGGUAAGGCUUUUGCAGUGAGAGGUGAUUGGAGAACCCAUGAAAAGAACUGUGGGAAGCUUUGGUAUUGCAUCUGUGGCUCUGAUUUCAAGCACAAGAGGUCUCUUAAAGAUCACAUCAAAGCUUUUGGAAGUGGCCAUGCAGCUUAUGGGAUCGAUGGCUUUGAAGAAGAAGAAGAGCCUGCAUCUGAAGUAGAACAAGACAAUGACUAAUGUCAUGCAGUAAACACAUAAUUAAGGAAAAUGGAACUGGUUCUACUUUAUAUAUAUGUCUCCAUGUGAAUUAUCUUAUUCUUAGUCUUAGUUAAUUUGUGAACUAUUAAUUUGGUAUGAGUACAUAUCCUUGACUUCCCAGUUGAGAACCAUAUAUAAGCACCGAGUUUUCUUCCCUUUCUGAUGGAAUUGACUCGCUGGUUACAAAGGUUUAAA